GUGAAUGCUCAGGGUGGAUUGUAUCGUAAUGCACUACAAGCAGCUGCAUUUCAGGGAAACGAAUCAGUGGCGCGGCUUCUCCUCGAGAGUGGGGCAGAGGUGAAUACUCAGGGUGGCCUUUAUGGCAAUGCACUACAAGCAGCUGCAUUUCGGGGACACAAAUCGGUUGUGCGGCUUCACCUCGAGCAUGGGGCAGAGGUGAAUGCUCAGGGUGGCCUUUAUGGCAAUGCACUACAAGCAGCUGCUCGCAAUGGAAACGAAUCGGUUGUGCGGCUUCUCCUCGAGCGUGGAGCAGAGGUGAAUGCGAAGGGUGGCUGUCAUGGCAAUGGACUAAAGGCGGCUAAAAAAUUUGGUCAUGAAUCGAUUGCGCAGCUUCUCCUCUCACACGGGGCAGAUCAAA